AUGGCCUGGCUACUUACGGAGUUGUCCAAUGCCCGCGGGGAAAGUGUAUUUACCGUCCAGAUAGCUACCAAGGUCACCAUCCAGAAGUCCUCUUCGGGCUUCAUCGACAGUCUUAAAACUCUUGGUCCAGUCAAGUCGAGCAGCUCCAACAAUGCUUCCUGGAUCCAACCCCACUCCGGGUGA